AUGCCCCCUUCUCGCGGCUCAAUACCCCAUCGCGGGGAUGAAGAUGAGGUCUGCCCCGUCUGCAAAUCCUCGCGGUAUUUAAAUCCGGACAUGCGAUUCCUCAUCAAUCCAGAAUGCUACCAUAAAAUGUGCGAGUCCUGCGUGGAUCGAAUUUUCUCGUCAGGCCCUGCAAAUUGCCCAGUAGCGGGGUGCCACAAAACUCUACGAAAGAAUCGUUUCCGGAAGCAGACGUUUGAGGAUAUUGGUGUGGAAAGGGAGGUCGAUAUACGGCGGAGGGUCAUGCAGAUUCUUAACCGCCGUGAAGAAGAGUUUGACUCGAAGAGAGCAUGGGACGACUUCCUUGAGCAGCGCGAAGAAAUUAUCGCGAACCUUGUCCAUGGCACCGAUGUGGCCAAGACUGAAGCCAAUCUUCAAAGAUAUGCCGCAGAGAAUGUCCGUUCAAUCCGUACCAACCAAGCCCUCGAAGCUCAGGAGGCUUCGUCUUUCCAAGAACGACAAACUCAAGAGCAGGAAUUGGCGCGUAUACGACGAGAAGCGGCGAGACAGGAAUACGAGAAUAAGCGACGAGAGCUUCUUGCAGAACGAGAAGAUGUUCUCACUCGCCUUGCAGCUGGCCGUCCAGCGGAUGCAGCCGCUAUUACGCGAGAAGGACAAAAAGUGUUGCUCAAGAAAUCUUCUGCUCGACGCAGUGAGGAGGAACGUAUCCGACAGAAACAGGCAGCUCUGCGCAGCUCGGAAGCCAAAAAAGGUGGUCAAGGACCCGCUGCAGCUGCUGAAAAAGCUGGAGACUCUGGAGACUCUGGGCUUAUCAAGGGUCUCAAGAGAAUCAAGACCCCAGAACCCGAGAAGCCUUACGAUCCGUUUGGUGGGCUGGUCCCCAACAAACGGGACUACUAUAUACUCCGCGACCACUAUCCGUCUAGUUACUUGGACCCCAUUAGAGACGAUACUCGUAUGCAGGCGGGUGGAUAUGACCUUCGAGAGUACUAUUCCCGCACUUUACUUGAGGCUUUCGCAGGGCUGGGAUGCUUUAUCGAUGAUGAGAUAUCAAAACGCGAUGCGACGAAUAAGCCUGUUACCACCGAAAGAGCUACUGCCGCUGCCGCUACAGAUGCUUCUAUGAAAACCGGAUAA